GCAGUCACUGUUUAUGGAACAGCAGACCAAAGAUGGAUAUUUCUGUUCUGCCCAACAACAAUCACCCUCAAAAGUUCCUGCAGCUGGAUGUUGGCAUUUUGGAUGCUACCCAUGGCAUGUUCCAGGUUGGAGCAUUUAUUUCCAGUCAGAGACGAUGGCAGAACCGGGUCCAUUUACAGCGGGAACAAACAACCCAACAUGGAAGAAAAAUUCCUCCAUAUUCAAAGGGCAGUCCUGUGGUGUUUGUGGACAGAUAUCUGGAGAACCACAUAACUCCAGUAACUCUGAAGUAUAACAUCAAAAGGAAUCCUCUUUACAUGGAUAUAAAAUUCAUCGACACGGCAGACAAUGAAAGGUUUAAGCCUUCCUGGACCAUCAAAGAAUAUGACACACAAACUAUCCAUGGCAACUUAACAGAUUUGAAGGACACAAAAACACCCAAGGAGCUGGACUUUUGGCUUGAAGACCUGUACACUCCAGGAUUUGACUCUCUGCUCAAGAGAAAAGAAGCAGAGCACAAGAGAAAAAGACUUUCCAAAAUUGUUCUCUCAGUAAUUUUGGUCAUUUGUGCUUCUGUCAUUGUCAUAAUAGUGCCUAUUGUAGUUUUACAACAGAGCUGAUUUGGAUGCAACUAUUGUGCUAUAAUCAACAUCAUCUACUCUAAAAGACAAUAGGGAAUGGUUAGUGAUACAGUGUCCAAACUAUAUACCAAGAUCAAAAUCAUUACCUUAAAAAUAUGCCAAUGUAAUUGGCAAAAAUGACAAAAGUACACAAUGCAUAUUGUUACGGCCCUGGGCCUUAAGGACUGGGCUGCAGUUGCUUUUGUCUGUCCUUGUGCUCCUCCCCUUUACAGGUGCUGCUGAUCAGGUUUAUUGGGAGUGCAGAGUACUUAAACCUGGCUGUCUCCAUCUUCUGGGUCGCCUUCGGCGUCCACUCUGCUGCUUGACACUUGUGGUGUUUUGUUGCCAGGCCUCAGCGCCCCUCCUUUUUGCACAUUUGCGUUUGUCUUUGUUUU